AUGCUUCAUCGUCUGCUCACUUUCCUUCUCACCCGUCUGCUGCUGGCUCUGAACAUCGACUGCAAGCAGCUAGUCGUUCGAUGGAGGUACACCGGCGUACUUCUCCUGCGUUCUCUCGCGCUUCGCGACCGCCCCAUCUCCCCGCAUUUCACGCUGAAGUCUCUGCAGGUAGGCUCUGUGCGUCUCCACGUUCCCUGGACCUUUCUGUGGAGCAGGGGGAAAACCAUUGCUCUGCACAUCGACACCGUCACUGCCCUCGUUGCCGCGGAGCCAGUGGUGCCUGGGAGUCCAAGCCUCAGAGGCGCCAAGGCGGCUCUUUCUGUAAGGUCCGAGUCUGAGGGAGUUCCCCUCCUUGCUGGCACAUGCAGAGACUUUGGGCGAAGUCGAAGACGAGGAGACAGAGAGAAGAGCAAGAACGUCGCAUCCUCCUCACCCGCUCUGUCCGUCGCGGAGACGUCGUCUCGUCGUUCCACUGAAGAGACGCAGAGAGACACCAACUUGCCCCGCGAUGGCUCGCCUUCUUCCUUGCGCUGGCAGCACUCACAUGGCGCGGCAGAAGGUUGUGUCGCUCGUGGAACGGCGCCUCAAUCGAGGAGAACAUUCUGGAGAACCGACGGCAGUGGCGACAACAAACAUCUCGCUGUCCCUGUCUCGUCUCCAUCCUCGGCCUCUGCGUCUUCAUUGUCGCCGGCGCCGUCCUCGGCGUUCGCUGUCGUCUCUUCUUCUUUGCGACCCCUCGGAGCGCUCGCGCACCGCGUGAUGCACUCUGUCUUGCCGGAGUCUCUGGAUCCAUUCUCGCCGCUUUUCUUCUCCUCGCUGCUUGUGCACAUCCUCAAGCGCGUCUCCGUCCACCUCACGAACGUCCAGGUGUCUCUUGAGGACAGCUGGACGACGCCUGAGUCCCCCUUCCAGUGUGGUCUCUCCCUAGCAGCGCUUCUCUUCUCCUCCACGCAUCUGUCUCCUCGCGCAGUCGAGGCGGCGACGAAAGGAGAUGCCCAGACCGCAGGGUGUCGCAAGGCCCCGAAAGAGACUCAGGAGACAGGUGCCAGGGCAGUCCACGCUUCGCGCCGGCCUGCAGGGGGGCUGAGAGCGAACGUCGAAGUCGAAAACGUUGUGGGUGGAGGAGACCAAGAUCCUCGGAGAUAUUUGGUCCCCACAUCUCCGUCCGCUGCACGCGAUACGGAACGCGAUGAAGGACGCCUCUCUGACAGCGGGCUGCCUUGCCCUUCUUUUCUGCUUCCGCGAUCUGCCACACUGACGUCGUCGUCGCUCGGAUGCGAGAUCGAAGACACUCUCGACGUCUUCUCUUCGGAUGAGUCUGUGAAGCCUUCCCCUUUUCCUUCCCCAAUUGCCCCUCUGUCGGGUGUCUCGUUUUCGGCCGUCGUCCAGACCGUGCAUCCCUUGUCUCCGGCGUCUCGCGCGUCUUUGUCUGAGGUCCCUGCCUCUGGUGCCUGUCGGUGGCGUUGCUUUGAGGGCGCAGAAGAGACGCAGAGUGGCCAGGAAACCCAGAGAAUAAAAGAACUGAACGGGUGCAAGAGGGAUGGAGAGGCGCCGAAUGAAGAAACCAAAAGAGAGCAACAAGGCCAAGAUUGGCGGCGGGAUAUAUCGAAAAAGCACGAUACACACCGAGAAGGUGUGACAGUAGGAAAGCAAGACGGGGAAGGCGGUGACCAGACCUCACGUCGAUGGCUUCUUGUCCGGCCUUCCACAGGCGGGAGUGCCCACGACGAAGAUGCUUUGCGAGACGGGGGCGAGGCCGAAGCAGUGACUGCUUCGUCAUCCUCAGCCUUCGGCGCCCCACAGAGUCGCCCCAUUGAGAGACAGGUGUCUCCAAUGAGUGACGGCGUAUUGGAGGGAGCCGACACGGAUGACAUUUCGCUGGCGAUCUUUCCUCUCGGGCAACCAGGCAGCGGGCCUCUCCAGAACGAGCCGCUUCAGAGGGCGAUCUCGGAUCCGGAGUUGGGAGGGAUGGAGCGAUCUGCCGGAGAGGCGAGCGGCGACGUGGAAGCUGAACACAAGGCGGGAGACGAAGCAGGGCCGAACCAACAAGAGAUCAGGUGCAUAGACGCGCGAGACCAAGACCAAAGUAGAGGGCAAAGAGAGCGCACAGACGGGAGGAAUCAUGAGGGAGAUAGUCGUGAUCGGGCCUCAGACGUCUGUUGGAAAGGCCGCGAAACGGAGGACGAGAAAUCGGACGAGACACACCCGAAGCAACAGUCUUCGCCACAGUUCCUUGCUGUCUCUCGUCAGCGACCGACAUCCGCGAGGGAGGGCAUGCAGGCGCCGCCUCUGUCUCCCUCGACAUCUGCUCCGCUGUCGUCUUGGCUGGGCUUCCCAAGUGCAGCGACGGCUUCUUCGAGAGAGCAUGUAUCUCCUCGAAGUUCGGCUCACCCUUUGUCGCCUUCGGCUCCAGACGUGGACAGGCAGUCCCGGAGUCAGCGCGGCCUGUUUGAGGGGCUUGGAAAAGGUGAUCGAUCUUCACUUUUCCCGCAUUUCUCAGCAAAAGAAAAGUCAACAGAUUUCGUCUGCCUCCGACAGGUUCUCGAUGUCGACGGCUUGCGGGUCUUCUGGCGACGCGGCGCCCUCCCGGCGUUGGGCGGCGCCCUCCCGGCGUUGGGCGGCGCCCCCCCGGUGUCGCGAGCAGGUUCUUCGUGUGGCUGUGCUUCCCGCCGUGGAUUGUUUUCUCCGCACUCGGCCUCCGCCUCUUCUUUGUCUUUUCCAGGAGACAAAGAGGCGGAUACACUCGACAGCGACACUGGCGAGGCGCGAGAGAGACGAGAGUCCGUAGGCAAGCAAGAAGAAGCUGGCAGCGAGGACGAAGUAGAUAUCUUAAAGCCCGCAGCGUUCUCCGUCGUCACCCUCACGACCAUCACGAGAAAUACGUCUUUGCAGCAAGGUUCAGGUGGCGUUACCAGAUGCCGGUGGCAUCCGCCAAUGCAACAUGUUUCCGCGACGUCUUAUGCUGAUUUGUCACCAUCCCAGCGUCUGUCGGCUCCUCACGCCCCUUCGUCUUUUCAUCCCUGUUCCCGCAGCGACUCGGCUGCCCACAGAGACCUGCAGGGAACUUUUGCUUCGUCAAUAAGGACAUUUUUCGAGAGGGGACGGCCCCGCACCAGAGACUCUUCUCCGUCAGUUGUCUCCCCGACGCUCGUGCCGUCAGCCACUGGAGAGCCUCUCUGUUCGUCUUCUCCCGGUUCCUCUCCCACCGCUUCUUCCGGUUCUGCCUCCCCGGUCGCUCCUGCGAAACUUCUGUCAAGUGCGAGGUGUGUCUCCUUCACGCACGAGACAGGAGGCGCCAGUGGCUCCUUCUCGCCGCCGUCACCGUCGGCCGCCUCGUUGGGUUCGUCUGCUUCUUCGAGUUCAGGGAUUGCCCAUACGGCAAGUUUCUCAUUUUCUCAGUCCCGCUGGGAGGCUGUCGGCGAGCGAGAUGAGGGAGAAGGAAGCAGCCGUCAGGGAAACGACGAAGGCGGACGAGCAUCUGCCUUUGGUUUCUCGGCUUCGCCUCUUACCACGCAGCGGGUGAGUCGUAGCCGCGAGGUUCCAGCAGGUUAUCCUGGUGACGCGUCGUUUUUCUCUGUUCCUUCAAGUUCGUCCGCCUGUGCUUCACAGAGCAUCUUCGCCGUGACAGCAAGCACUUCCGUUGAUAUCCCAGGAAUCGACAUCGAAGUUUCUCGGGAGGAACUCGUUGGUUUUCUUCGUCUCCACGCGCGACUCGCUGCUGACCACCGCAUGCAACAACGCAUGCAGCGACGCUCACCGUCUGUCUCGCCUUCGCCCUCUUCGUCGCCGACAGCUGGGUGUUCACGGCCGGCCUUCCUUGGUUCUACGUCGUGGACAGCUUCUUGCGAGCGUGCGGCGACCGGCGCGUCUGAUUUGUCUGUCUCAUCCUCGUUGUCUUCGCUCGAUUCCUCGUUGCCGCCUCUCCCUCCGCGCCCGAGGUACCUUCCGGCGCCUCUGUGUCCUGAGAGAUCGCCUCGGCGUUCUUCUCUUGCCUCGUCUCGCGUCGACGUCUCGGCCGCAUCCUCCGCGCCACUGCUUCCGCCGCCUGUUUCCUUGUUCGCCUUCCUGCGACAAACGUUUGGCCGUUUUCGUCCGCGAGCAGGCGAGGUUUCGGGAGCCUCGACGGAGGCAGCAGGAGACGGGAGAGGAAACUUAGAGGCAAGCAACCACGUUGGCAGGGGGGUCCAGGAUGCCAAAGGCGAGAAGACCCAAUUCGCGCUUUCCUCUCUCCAUUUCCGUGUGAAGAAUGAACGGACGAGGAUCCACCUUAAUUGGGGUGAAACGGACAACGCCCCGCAGGGACUACAGAGAAAGGGGAAGGAAACUCUCGAAAGAGGACGAAGGGGAUUUUCAAUGCCAGAGACAGAAGAAUCUCACCGCUCUCAGCACGGCACGAAGAACUACGCUCUUCGUUUCCCGGCGGUCCUCCCUUCUCAUUCUUUCUCUUUCCAAAGCCCUCCCCUAAAUCCCUCUUUUCGGCAGGAGCGAUGCAACGCCUUGCAUUCUGUCGUAACUCUCGCUCGUCUCGACGCCGAAGUGCAUCUCGUUCUCGCGCCCGUACCUCUGUCCUCGUCGUCGUUCACCGGCUCUGCUUCGGCCUCUCCGAGGAGUCCCGGUACGCUCGACAAGGGUGGAAGCCGAGAGAGAGAAGACAGCGACGGGGAGAGACUGACGGGGGGCAAGUCAACGAAGUUCGCCGAGUCUGUCGACCUCGCAGGAAGGAUUCGCCGGGUGAGCGUAACUUCGUCACGCUCUGAAAACGGUAUCAGUGAGUCGCAUGCAUCAUUCUUAGCUCGCUCUGGAGAGAGGCAUCUUGCCUCCACUCCACCCGCCGGUUCGGUGCCCCCUCGCUGGCGGUCGUCGUGUCGGACGUCUAACCUGAAUAGUUUCGGUGAAUCCGACGCGGGAGAAAUGCGCGGGAGACCGGAGGCCCAGGCGCCCGGAUUGAGACUGCAUGCGCUCUGUUUCUCUCUCGCUGGCUUCGAAGCCUACGACAAGUCAUGCGGCCUCCAAUUCUCCUGCGUGUCUCUCGGGUCACCGAACGAAGCAGUUCAGUCGCUCGUUUUUCCGGGAGAGUCUCUGGCGCUGGAAGAUGAAGAAACACUCGAGGUAAACAGAGAAGACAGGAAGGACGAAAGAGCGGAACGCGAACAGUCAGAAACCGUUUCUUCCUCCUCGUCGUUCGGCGCCUCCAACAAGCAUGCAACUGCCAGGGCGUCUGCCAGUAGAAAGGACAGCUGUCCAACUCCUUUUCCUGACCAAGGAACGUUCAGGGAAAUGCCGGAAUCGCACGACGGAAAGGAGGAGAACCUGAGGGAGGAUGGGUCAGUUCAGGGAUCGUCUUAUCCAUCGGCUGCGCCGCGUUUCAUUCAGUCCCAGCAAGCAUUGGACAGUUCGUCCUUUCCAGCCCAAGACGCCACGAGAUCGCGCCUCCUCUCGACAGUGUCUCCGCACUGCGGGAUACUGUUUUCCUACCAUUCGCCAGUCUGCGAUGGUACUGUACCUACGCGACGUGACUUUUCUCUUUCAGGACUCGAAGAAGCGACAACGAGUGCUGCCGAGGAGACGCCGCCGCCUCUCUCUCUCGCUCCUCAUUCUUCCUCAUGCUCCUGUUCAGGGAAACGUCCAGAGUCUACUCGCGAUCAGCAUCCUUCUGGGCAGCGCUGCUUCACCAGGUCCCGGGACCCUCCUGCUUCGGUCACCUCUGCUUCGGCCUUUGCUUCUGUGUCUUCGUCUCCUUCUUGUCCUUCGUCUCCUUUGUCUUGCGCUUCCAGGGAGCAGCGCGGCCAUGUAAACAGUGGCACCAAUGAAGGACCAAGGGCCGCUCUGAGGAGCAUUGCAGCGAUAUGUCUAGGGAAACGUAGUGACAUGGGAGACCCGAGUGAAGAUGGUCCAGAAGAAAGAACAGUUUACAGGAGUUUUAACGCGAGUCAGGAGCAAUCCUUUUUGCGUCAAGGUUAUUCUCGUUACGGUGCCGAUCAUGCUUUGUCUCACGCUGUGCUCCCGUCGUUGCCGUCGUCACUGCCUGCCUUCCCGUGUGUCACACAAGCUUCACAGGCUUCACCAGCCUCCUCUGAGGCGAGCGCAGACGCGCUGUUCGCCCGUUGUCGGCUUCUCUCGGGAGUGGUCGAUUGCCGGAGCCUGCUGAGACAGAAGGCAAAUUUGUCGGCGUUUUUCGCUGAACUGCAUUCCGCCUCCAGACCGUGUGAAUGUGUGGAGUGUUCCGGCGAAGACCUGAGAUUCGGAAACGGCGAAACGUCCGGCGCGGCUGAGCCAGAAAACCACGAAGCAACGCGCGAUGAAGCCGAGAGAGGCUCCUGCUCUCAGGGUCAUGUGGCGUCUCAUCGGGCGUCUGCAGCGAACGUAGAUGUCGCUGUCGGACCUGUGUCACUUCUGCUUCUGUCUCACCAUGCAAAUCCCUCUGUCGCGUCUUCCAAAGACGCUGGUGAGCCUACGAGGGACAGAGCGCGAGACAGCGAGAUGGCAAGCGAGGACGACCAGGAAGAAGAAACAAUGGAGAACCUUCUUCUUUGCCGCCAGCAAAACGAGGAUGAUGCGCGAGUUGCCGGAGUUCGCCUCUUCCUUGAGCGUCUGAGUCUCCGUGGGAGAGUCCCUCUGUGUCUCUGUUUUUCCUGCGAGACGGGAGAGCGAAACAAGACGAAAUUUGGUCUCUCGGAUGCAGGGUCAACGGCGGUUGUGUCGCCUCAGUCGCUUGCUUCGUCGGAGAUCACCUCUCGGUGGUGGGAUCACACGCAGCGGGGCAACGCUGGGACGAAGGCUGUCGGAGUGGAUUCUCUCCCGCCUUUUCGGAUCUUUAGCUGUUCGCCGCCUGGCGAGGCGCCGUUUGCAACUUCGGAGCGGCCGCGUCGAUCAAGUGGUUCCUCGGAUUCACAGCCUCGACCCGGCGACUGCUCCCGGACAGCGAUCGACGAGCGAUUUGGAACGCAGAGGGCGGGGCGAUGGCGGUCGAGGAGAGCAAGCGUCGACGAAGCGCGAGACCCAGAGACCCCCAACGUGGAGACGAGACGCGGGAGUCUCCCGCCGCGAGUGGCGCGUCAGCUGGGUGGUGCCCGUGAGGCAGAAAGAACAGAGAGGGGAGACCGCCAGAGCACGAAGGCCACAACAAGGCCGUCGUCUCGAGAGAGACGCGGAAGCAAUGCGGCACAACUGGAGAGCUGCCCAGAGAUCGGCGAGAACGCGGGAGGAGCCAGACGGUCAGGCGGGGACCAUGCGUGUACACAGGCGCAUGCGGGAUGUCUGGGGGGCACAGAGGUUCGUCCUUGUCGGGCUUCGCCGCCUUUCGGCGCUUCCGCAGUGAAGCCAGGGGUCCACCUUUCGCUGCAGAGACUCUCGAUUUGCGUUGCUUCGGACUUCUUCGUUUCUCGCUCUGCUUCGCCCUCGCGCCUUGACGGCGAGAGCUCGGUCGAGGGCCGGUUUCUGGGAGGACGCUCUGAAGGAGAACGACAAGAGAAAGAAGGACGCGAACAGUCGCUUCCUCGCGCAUGUUUGGCGUCUGGGAAUCCCCGGUGCAAAUACGAGGAAGUGGAGCCAGAGAGACUCAGCUUGUCGCCUCUCCGAUCUGUCCGUUGUCCAUCCGAAAGGCAGGCCGACCGCGAGGCAGGGACUGCGGCAGAGAGGUCGCGGAAAAGAACUCGGAGAGGCAAAAGCGACGCGACUGGAGAAGCCGACGGGUGGGACCGUGUUCGUAGCAACGGCUUGCCGUAUCGGACAUGUCGACCUCUUCGUUCCGCGCCGCGUUGUGUCAACUCGGCGGCUUCGCGCCCGCGCUCCUGGACGCCAGUGGUGCAGCCAGUGUCUGUUUGCGUCGCCUCCGCUUGGUUUCCGAUCUCUCCUGUUUCCUCGCCGGGGGCUACCGCGAGGCAGACGGCGAACAACGAGAAGUCCCCUUGGCGUCUGCCGUCCUCUCAGGUUUGUUGCACAUCUGCAUGCGCAUCGAUGAUCCAGACUGCUUCAAAGGCUUGCCAGGACGACCAGGGGCUCGCAGGAGGCUCAGGGAAGACGCCGAAGGACCUCUCGCGUCGAUCUUCGUCUUCGAACGCGUCCGGGAGUGGAUGCGAAGCAGCAGGGAGUGCCGGGGACCGCGAAGAAGAAAAAAGAGAUAGAUGGCUUCUCAGCGAAGGGGACGAAGGUCACAUGAUGCCGCCCCUCCUUCAAAUCGAGACUUGGAUUAGCCCCGUGGCUCUUCUCUUCACCAGAGAGACGUACCUCGUUUUGUUGGCCUUUUCCUCCUUCUCGUCACCCUAUUCACCAGCUUUGCAUCAGGCGGUUGCGUCCCCGAAGACAGACACCGCGGGGGGUCUUUCCGACUCAGAAUCUCACAGCCCCGCAGGGCACUCCCCACGCUCUGCUCGCCAGUGCAGCGUUUGUGGUUCAGGGCGAUGUGAGAGCGACUCACAGGACGAUGAGAGAAGCAGAGAGAGACUCACUGGCAAACAGCUGCGUACCAUCUCCUUGUCGGAAAGAAAUCCGGACGCGAUGGCCUGGAACGCAGGGAGACGCUUCCCGCAGGCAGGGAGAGACAUGAAAGAAGAACGCGAGACAAGGAGGAGGGGAGACAGAGACGAAGAGGUGAACCAACGAAGAGAAGAGCAAAGGAAUUGUGAAGGGAGAGUGGUGAGAUGCACGGCAACGAGGAGAGGAGAGGUGAAAUCGGUCAGACAAAAGGUGCAAGAACGAACGUCGCAUCGGCAGCAGAAGGAUUUAAACUAUGUCGAUUCCCUGGCUGACUGCGAGAAGAGACACAACGGGAUACGCCUUCACAAGGCAGAUCAGGAGAGAACAGCCGAGACAGAGAACAGAGGCAGAUGGAAGCGACUGUAUUCAGCUGAUUUGCUUGACGCAUUGGGUAGCAACAGCGAGAGCGAACUUUGUUUUUUCGAGCCCCAAGAGUGCCCGCCCACGUUUGUUUCCAGAUCGCGUGACACCGCUGUCCCUUUCGCGUCGACUGGCUCCGAAGACACAGUCAAGAAAGAUUCUCCGUCGACGACUGCGGCGGACUCGCUUUUGAGGAGACUGAACCUCCUUCUCGCUUUCCGCCUGGAACAGUUGUAUCUUCGCUACGAGCACGAGACGGCUGAACAACCUGGCGUACUCGCCUGUGAUUCGUCUUCAUUGAUCGUGUCGCCGGCGUCUCCUUCGUCGCCUGUCGACAGUUCUGGGGAGACAAGUCGCGAAGCUGAGCAGGUCCAUCUUUCUCGUUCUCUGGUGGUGCGUCGAGAACGAUUGGAGCCAUUUUGUAGGCCGCGACGGAGCCUACCUGAAUGGUGGAGAAGAGAACAAGAAGAUCGAUUUCUCCAAGGCGAAGCCGCCACACUUCAUCCCUUCCAGCUCCUCCAUUACGCUCUGGAUCUGCGAGGCCUCGUUGCCGUCGCCCUCUUCUCUCCGUCUUCGUCCCCCUCUGCGUUCUCGGGCAGUGGGGACGGCACACUGACAGGCGAGCGAGAAGGAAACGAACGUCGCACUCCGUCGCAUUUCGCCUCCUGCUCCUCGGUCGACAUCUCUCGGAUGCUUGAUUCGGCUGAGCGUCGCCCCACCAAGGGGGUCGGAGAGGCGCAUCUCGCCCAGCAAGAACCGGCAGACGAGGAGCGGAAAAAACAGGCAAGCGAAACUUACGCAUGCAGCCUUGAAGACGAACAAUCGAGACGGAGAGGCCAGCGCGAAGCCAAACGGUUUCUUUUGCUGGAAGCGUGCGAGGCGCAUCUCGAAGGUCUCCAUAUCUUCGAACACGGCUGGGUCCAGCCUGAGGAAGAUGGUCGACAGAGAGGGGAUGGAGACAGGGACGGCGUAGAGAGAGGGGAGAUAAGGUACGAGAGAAGCGCCGAAUGUCGUCGGUGGAGAAGGCCCACAGCACAGGUUCCUGGAGGGCUUGAAGAGAGCGAAGCUGAAGGCUUGUGGCCAACUUGGCCGCGGGUACAGCAGACAGAGAGCGAGGAGCUGGGUGUGUCACUCGAAAGCGCCAGAGAAAGCGGAAUGGGGAGAGCCAGAAGCGCAUCCGAGUGGGAUGACACCCGGCUGUGUGGAUUCUUCUCCUCGAACGAGGGAAUGGAAACACAGGAGGCAGCCAAGAUGGCAUUGGCGGGGGUUUCGCCUGCAAUCAAAAACGCGCUUUCUCCUCUCUUCUGGAGGGUCGCUCCCGCCCCACUGCUAGUCUUCGCACGCACACCGAAGGAGGCAGAGUUCGAGCCAGAACGCGAGACCGACGAAGGAUCGACAAUGGAACAGGAAGGUGAACAAACGACGAAACGGAGAAGGACCAAGACAGGAUGCCGGGAUCGUGACAUCGACCGAGCAAAGAGUUUCUUCAGUUGUCCAUCUUCGUCGGCUUUCCACUGGACUCCUGUCUCUGCACCUUCCUCGCCUUCUUCUUCUGCGUCCUCCCUCGAUGCCGUGCGGCCGUCAGCUGGCUCUCAGAGAAAGACGUCUUGUACGCAGAACGCGCAUGUACCUCGCGCCUCGUCUCCGCAGACUCUUCCCAGUUCUUCACGCUCCCUACGGGGUGAGCGUCUGGCGUCUGCGUUCUCGGAGUUCCCCUAUUCCCGCGCUCACGAGCGCCAAGCGAGGGCGAGGUCACUCUGGUCGACGUCGAGUCGUGUGCUGUCUGUUCUGCUCUCGACGUCGCCUCUUUCAGGUUCAGUUGGCGAUGCUUCGACGGACAACUCCCAAACGUUCUGUGGAACAUCGAUGGACGGAAAGGGUCGGGGCGUCUGGCAAGAUACCACGUCCGUCUGGUCUCUUCCAGGUUUUCGAGCUCUGCCUCGUCUGCUCCCGGAUUCGGCUCUGCCUCUCGCUGAAGCAGCUCCUGGGGCUCCCUGCAUGGCAAACAGGCCGUACAGCUCUUUCGCCAUGAACGAGCACAGCCGCCGCCCGUCGUUAUCAUCUGAACCUCCCUCUGUGGCAGUUCAUUCAUUUCCGAUACCGCGGGUGUUUUCCUCCUCGCCGGAUGCGUCUUUUCGUUCUUCGGCCGCUUGCUCCGCCCCCGGCCAAAGUUUUCUAUCCUACGUUUCGCCUUAUGAUGCGGAGCCAGGAUUGCGUCUUGAGCAGGAACCCCCACGGGAAGAGGAGAAGAAAGCGAACUCGCACCGCUCAGUUUCUUCUGGAAGCCGCCCCCAGAUCUGUCGCGUUUCCUUGCCUUCUUCUCCAUUCCCGGGGGUCCUGCAUUUCCGGUACUCCAGGUCUGCAAGUCUCCCAAGCGUCGAGGCCUCUCCCGCGUCUCCUCGUCUCGCUUCUUCUUCGCGGAGUCACCCAGAGCCAUUCGCAGAGCCGCCGGGGCCGACUCGAGAAGACGACGGGGCAAGAACUGGAGAAACCCAGAAUGCAGACGCUGUUCUUUCGUCUGGACACAGACACAUAAGCGCGUGCACCCGGUUACCUCGCUUUGCAUGGAGUUGCCGACUUCAGGUUAACGCGGCGAACGCCGACAUCUGCUUGUCAGAAUCCAGUCUGAAGCGUCUGUUCUUCGUUGUUUCGUGCUUCCGGCACCGUCUCGCGAUGCAGGCGAGAUGUUCGUCUGUCGAUCGCCUGCUUGAGAGCCGCUCACGUUUCGAGUCCACGCCAAAUCGCCUGGCGCCGUCCCGCGGGUCCUCUGAGUGUUCUCCCGGCACCCCGACGUAUCCUUUUUUUCUUCGCCUUUUUCCUCCGGCUUCCCCUCCUUGGUGCAUCUGCAGCGGAGAGAAGAAAGGUGAAGCGGGAGGUCUCCCUGGAAGCGAAGAAGUUGACAGUGUCGCAGACACCGAGACAAGACCCGCUUUGUGGAGAGAAGGCAAGGACGGAUGUGUGACUGUCGAGCUUUCUGUUCUGUCUCUCCGUUGUCGAUGUGGGCAAGAAGUCGCGUCUGGCAAACGGAGCGACCCGCGCAGCUUCCCAGCUUCAGACGAUGUUCUUCUCUCUCGCUUUCCGGCUGCGGGCGCCCCGCCUGUCGAGCACCACCUCCUCCUUCUCUCCCGCGCCCUAGCUUCGGCUUCUGCCUCUUCUGCGAGCUCGCAGGUUCGGCCAGGCCAGCGGGAGGUGGACGGGGCGUCUGGCGGGGCAGGCGCCCCAGAGGCGGCGAGAGAAGAAGAGAGAGAGCAAGGCCCAGACAGAGAGAAGAAGGUCGCCGUGACGACAGAGAGGGAACCAGCUCAGAGAGAAACGAGACAGGAGCUGAGCGUGGCGCCGGCUGAGGAGAGCCAGACGGAAGCUACUGGAGAGGUUGCCGCGCAUACGUCGGAGAGAGGCCGUCAUUCGGUGUCGCCCCCCCGAGGUGGCGAGCGCAUAGGCGACAGUGCCAAGGCCUCCGCCCACUUGCGGGUGUUGCCCUGCUUCGCUGUCACCUUCUCAAACACAGCCGUUCUCUCUGCUCUCCACCUCGCCCCCGUCCCUGUCCAGCGCAAAGUGACGGGAGGCCGAGAGAGGGGAGGCAACCCGCACAAACGGAUGGGAGAGGACGACUGUGAAGACGAAGAGGAAAUCCGUGGAGAAGAAGAGGAAAUCAGUGGAGAAGAAGAAAGAGAAGAGGAGACAGGAAUGUGCCUCGCCGUUUGGACUGUGAAGCAGUGGCUGUUCCUUGGCGGCGGCGCGAAGGCUAUUCAAGUCUCUGAGAUGUGUGGGCUCCCCCGCAACGUCUCGUCCUGUUCACCAUCACGCCGCGCAUUGCCCUCCGGGCCUUCGACUCUUCCUUGCUCACACAGUUCUCCGUUUUCCGUUCACCGGACAGACUUCAACGAAGCGAAGCGCCAGGACUCGAGAACCCGAACGCCCGGCUCUCGCCGCGAAAGAUCAGAAAUUCUCGUCUAUGGAUAUGAAGGGGAGGGUGGAUCGGACGCCAAUGAAGAGACCGCUGGAGACUGUCCCGAGUCGUUUGGCCUCUGGCUCGCUCUCGUCACCGUCGACGCUCACAACGCAACAGACCGCACAAUCCAGGGAGGCGAUGAUGAGGGAGAAAUGUCUCAGGAAAGGGAAACCAAAGGCAAAGAAGCGAACGGUUUACGAGACGGGGACGAUGAGGAGCGCCCAACGCACGCGCGAUGCCGAGACCGACAUUUCAAAUCCGCGUCGUCGCGUACCAAGUCGCCACGUUCGUCUGGGAGAGCCAAGAGGACGGAAUCAGCUGUCUCGCCUUCUUUUGUGAGGCAGAGAUCUCCGCAGGCAGAAAGCCCGGAGAGAUCUGGAACAGCCAGGUGUGCCGUCCACAUCGCGAAGGUGUACGCCGGGCUUGGCGUUUCGUUUCUCCUUCGGACCAUGUGGUGGAUGUACAAACUUCACCUGGGGACGCAAAAGAUCGCCGCUUACUUUCCUUCUGUGGAGUCCAAGGACGCUGAAAGUGGGCUGCGAGUCGGGUGCGGAAGCGGCCGCCCGGGGAGUGACCAAGGAGAGACAGAGACCGGAGCCUGGGCGAGAAGAAGAGGCAGGCGCAGAGCGGACGGCACGGACACAGAGGACGGGAGACAGUGCAGGCGAGCCGCAGUGAAGUCCAGGAGCGAAAGAGCCUUCAAGCGGCACACGCAGGCCAGCGAGAGGGCGCGCAGUGCAGAAACCGAGGAGAAAGAACGAAGGGGAAGAUGUGGAGAAGUCAGUGGAAAGGAGCAUCACCGCCGACGAGGCAGCUUCAUCGGAGGAAGAGUCGAUGGAAUCCGAAGGAAUGCAGAGCCGAAAGAGAGGCCAGACAGGAUAGGGACGAAGCACUCUGAAGGGCGGUGCCAACAUGGCAUGAAAGAUGAGAAGCUCGUGGCGCAUCGGUAUGUCUCCCAGAUGCCAACCAGCCGGCACUCACCUAGCGCGUCAGACCGUGUGUACACUCCUCACUAUCUGGAGUCCUCUCCGACGUCCUCCUUUUUCUCUUCUCGGUCUGCGUCGCCCUCCUGUUUGCGGCAAACGGGUCGGUCGCAGAUGUCGAGGUCCGAUUCCUCGACCCCCUCGUCCACACACGACGAAGUUCGCGACGGUUGCAUUUCGCGCUCCGCCUCGUUCUCGUCUUCUUCGUUUUCUCCGUCACUCUCUGCUUCCUUAUCUCCUUCACUCUCUCAGUCCUCAGGGGUGUGUGCGGCGUCUUCCGCUAGGUCGCCUCUUCGGGGUGCUUCAUGUCAGGGUCAUUCGCUUGGCGAGGACAGCGACGAGUCCGUCUCCCUUUCUAGCGAGCCCAGGAAGCACAGCCUUGCUCUCUGCAUGCGCCGGUCCGUGGUCUCACCUCCGACUCCAUCUUCCCGAAAUUCGAGAUCUUCGAAUCCGUCUCUGCUUUUCAGCGAGGAUCAGACAGGACGCUCUUUCUGUUUUGCACUUCCUCGAGUUGAAGGCGUAUGCGUGUCCACGGGCUCGCUUUUUUUUUCUCUCGAUCCAGAUCGCGUUUCUUCGCCUUCGCUCGAACUUCGUUGCUCUCGCGGCGUUCUCGUCCUCCCGCUGGAUCCGCCUCGAGGCUGGAGAGACUCGGAAAACCUUGACGCGGUCGAAGGGCCUCGGUGCCGACGGCCUGAGUCGCCCAGUCACGCAGACGAGUUUCUUCGGAUGACCUUCUCGCCACCUGCUGCUUUAUUCCCUUCGUUCUGCUGCGUGUCCAGGAUCCGACGGAGAAGACGCACUGGCCGCGAGGAGAACGGACCCCGAGAGACGCACACACUGUUUGAUUUCUCUUCCGUUCCACUCUCCCUGGUAGACGCCGCGAAAGCGGUACAUGCCGGGGCUCUCUUCGACAAGAAUCCCCUGAAGCCUCGCGCCACUCCCGUGCGUCCUUCGGCUGCGUCUGUCUCGGGCGUCGUGUCGGCGCCGCUUCGUCGAGACGCUGGUGACGGUUUCACUGGGGCUUCUUGCAGGCGAAGUCACUCUCGGACGCAGACGGAGAAAGGCAAGACGCCUGGGCCAGGGCGGCGGCUGCCGGCUGGUGAAGCAGAGGACAACGAAGAGCGGAAGGGGAGAAGCCCAAAAUCGACCGCAACCUUGUGGCCGUCAGGACGGCUGAAGAGUGGCGCGUGCAUUCCGGUCAUUUUGACACCGGGUCGCAGUUUCUCUAGGGAGUAUGGCAGGCAGGCCCAAAAGGCCUCAACGUUUGAACGGAGAGACAGUAAUCGGCAACGUCCAGCAUCCCCGUUUCCGACUCUGCUUUCUCUGCAGCCGCUCUCGAUCUCCGUACGUUCGUCGCCGUCGUCGCGUCCCUUUUUCUCGGCGUUCCCAUUUCGUGAGGAUCCGGAAUGCGGGGACCUGGGCGAGCCCUUGGUCUUCUCUGAUAAUCUCCUAAUUCUGAUUCCUCCUCUUCCUCCGAAUCGGGUGGGUGCGCAUUUGGGGGAGAUCGGCGCUUCUUCACCUCGCCCCUCUGCGUCCGAGUCGCGUCGCAGUGACGUCGCUUGGACCGGGGACACACGACGGGGAAAAGGGUCACCUUGGCGCCCAAAGGGCAUGUCGCCAGUCGAAACGGAGACAGCUGUCUCUUCCUCUGUGGAGUGCGCUGGCACGCCGCCUCCCGCAGAGCCUCUGAGACUCGAGUCUGACCAUACCCCGCGCCGGCCCUGUCUGCACUUUCGCUUUCUAGCCUCUCUCCCUCCGACUUGUCAGAUGUCCGCUGAAGCCUCUUCGAGUCGUGCUCCCUUGGUUUCCUCUGCGCGUCUCCCGACCAAAGGGGAAGAGUCUUCUUGUGAGACGGACAGCGACAGGACUGUCCUGUCGAACUCGAACGAAGCGGGAAGGGAACAGCGUUUCGUUGAACGGAAACCACCUAGGGAAAGGCCGCUGCUUUCAACUGUGUCUCCUGGCGUGAAUGCUGCUGGAUGCCGCUCCUCAGCCAUGUCGGGUGCGCCGCCUCGCACAUCCCAGCGACGUCACCAGGAUGUCUUCAAAGUGUCAACAUCUCAGGAUCUCGCUCCGCAUUCAGUUUCCUGGGUGGCGAGUUUGCCUCCCCUGUCGCCUCGAGGCAGUGGCCUAGCCGCCUCUGUCUCCGGCAAGGGACUCGACUGGCUCACCUCAUGGGCUGCCGGCUGUGUAGAGACAGCAUUGGAAACUGCGAAACUGAUAGCCGGCCUGCCGUCCACAUCUGCUUCGGAGCUCCUGCCCGCAACACCCUCCUCGAGUUUCUCCUCCGCGCCGGUCUCGCCGCUGUCCGAGGCGUCGUCGCCUCUGCUGUCUCCCUCCUCUGCGCCUCUCUCGUCUCUGCCGUCUCUCUCUGACACGGCACUCCGGAAGUCUCCGGGGAAAGAACUCAGAGAAAAAAUUCAGAAAUGGUGGCAGGAGCCCGCUCCUUUCGAUCUGCGUUUCUCUGUACAGCGCCCCGCGCUCUACGUCUUGGGACGCGAAGAGAUGUUUGAUCGCACGGCGUUGAAGCUGAUGAGAAGGGUGGCUGACGAAGUGGACGCCUCGCGGAGAUGCUCAACAGAGGAGAACCAAGCCGACGAGAGGAGAGGCGCGCGAAGGGAGGAGCCGAGACUCAACAGGGAAAGCGGAACGGAGAGGGAAAGACACUCGCAAGGAAGGUCGCGUCUAGAUGAAGGUGAAAGAAGCCGAAGAAGACAGAGAGCGAGCAGGCAAAAUGACACAGAAGACGAGGCCCAGUCGCUUACACACGAGAGCGAAGGAAUGCCUGCGACAUUUCAACUGAAGAGCAGAGGGACGCACGAAACAAAGGACCAGUCCAUGCGUGGAAAAAGGCUCGUCCACCGUUCGCGUUCCUCCCUCAUCAAGCAUGAAAAUGUCACUUGCGCCUGUCCGUUCGUCUCUGCCACUGCCGACCAUGUGGACGUCUUCGUGGGCUACACGAAAGUGUUUGUGUCCUCGGUUCAGAGCAAGUGCAGAGACGCGCGAGUCUUUGUCGGCGCCCGGCCUUCUGUCCAGAGUCAGCUGCGGUCGCUGCUCGCUUCCGUCAGACGGGGAGGAGACGAGGAAGCGAGGAAGGAUGGCGAGGGAACAGCUGCGAAGCAGAGAACCGCGAAGGGGAGACAUGGGGAGACCGCGACACUGGACGAAAAAGCCGAAACGGCUGAUGUAGAGAUGGACGAGAGAUCGCGACGCAGUCAAGAGGAAGGAUGGGGGCGCGAGGCGAGAACAUGUAGAAGCGAAUCAACAACUCGUAGAACUGAACGGAGGUUCGCGUUCGAACCGACUCUGGAAGCCUGUCCCAUUUCUCCCCCGUUCCUCUUCAUUUACCAGAUCUUCUGCGGAACACCCAAGAGUACAAUCAGCCCUGCAACUGCUGCUCUUCUUCUCCCUUUCAGAUUUCCUCGGCUCCCCUCACAGCUUCACUCAGGGCCACCCCACAGUCGCCGCACCUCCUCGUCCGUGAGUCUCGAGGCAGAGGACGCGUUCAUGUUCUCUCUGUCCGUUGUCGAGGUCUGUUCAGCGAGUGCUUCUUCUCUCUCGCCUUGUCUCUCUCCGUCUUCCUCUGCUGAGUUUAGUUCCUCGGCUUCUGGACGAGAUGUGCCUCCGCCCUGUGUCUCUGGCGGGAGCGACGCGUCUUCUGGCCUCCCUCGAGUCUUCCCUUGUCGAUACAGAGGCAUUGGGAGUGAUGGUGAGCAAGUAACGUUGAAGCCGGAGAAUAAAGGCCGGAGAACAUUUCGCUCUCGCGCGUCCUCUUCACCCUUCGUCGCUGAAGCGGGUCACCCCCGGGAGCACCACGACUCGAGCUCAGAAAACCAACGGAGCGAAGCGGACGAAGACGCGGAUUCUCGUCCCUCGUUCUCCCCGACUUCUUCGACCGUUUCGCAUUUUGAAGCCACAGUCCUUGCGGUUCUUCCUGAGGCCUUCGUCGUCGUGCCUCUUUGGCUGCUGUCCGAUUUACAGUCUCUCGGUCACUCGUUCUCGUUGUCCCUUGCGAGAUGCGCAGCCAUCUGGGAACGCGUGCAGAGGCGAAUCCGUGAGGCAGACAGCCUCGGGGGUGCCGAUCCGUCUGCUUCUCAUUCGCCUUUCGAUUCCGACUGCCAGCCUUUUUGCGUCUCGCUCUCGCCCUCAGAACAGUGCCCGAAGGACUGCGAAGACUUCGGGGUGUGCGACCUACAUGGCAGACAAGCUCAAAGUUCUGAUUGUCGGCCUGGUAGAUGUACGGUGAACCACCCAGAGAGCGAAAGCGCUUCGCAACGGUCCCACAAUGGCUUCUCCGCUCCUCUUCCUUCUCCGAUUCCUUCCUCCGCUGAGCCUCCUCCUUCACUACCGUUCUCCUCUUCGGACGCUCCCCCGCCGCUGUACCCUUCUCCAUUCUCGUCCUCCCCAUCCGUGCCGGUCCCUGCGUUUCCUCUUUUCUUCUCGUCUCCUCUCCCGCAACAGGUAGCCCUGUGGGGCGCGCGCCACCCCCCUCGGAAAAGCUUCGAGUUCUCUCGCGGCAGCCCCGAUCCGAGGCCUUCUUUUUCCGUCCCUGUCUCCUCUUCGCCGUGGGCGUCUCCUCGAGCUGGGACGAGACACUUUCCCUUGGGUCCGGAAGCCGCGGGCGAGGCUCAGACGACUCGAGUCGGUCCCAGAACCUCGACGGGGAAGCCACGAAGCUCGUGUCGGUUCGCCUGCUCCUUCAAGGUCAAUUCUCUUUCCUUCUGGGUCACAAAUUCUCCGGUUUCUGCUGUGGUAGGGGAGGCAGCAGGUGAGGGCGCCGAGGCGGGGAGGGAGCUCGAACGGUGCCGCGAUCCAGAGGAGCGCUUGUGGAGGUUGCUCAGGGAAACCUUGCAGACUCACUCGCGUCCAAAGGCGGAGAUGGGCCGCCGGCUUGGAUCCCCGAGACCGCCUCUGCUUUCGCGCUACGCUUCUGUGUCCUCCACGUCGCCUUCAUCGUUAUCUUUGGCGUCGUCGUUCUGCGCCGAGUUCGCGAAUACGUCUGAGAGGUUGAGACGACGGCGGAGGCCCUCGACGUCGAACGACGGCCAAGUGAUGAGCUCGAGGCUUCGCGGCGAACGACUACGAGGUCACGCAAGUGGGCUGGUCUCCUCUGCCUCUUCUUCGUCGGCAGUGUCGGACCAUUCUUCCUCCUCCGAGAUGGAAAUGCGAUCUAGGCGGACGCGAUGUCGCAUUGUUCCUUCCUCAGAAGAGUCUUCCUUCGAGUGUGCAACGGAGCCACGGAGUGGCCGGCAGACUCUUCUCUCCCAAGCCUCUCCUUCGUGCUCGUCUCCGUCGCAUGCGUCUUCUCGACGAGAAGGAGAAGGGGACGAAGGAGACAGUCGACACCCGGCUGCCGUAGCGCCGGUGUCCGUAUGUCAAGCGUCGACUCGCCGAAAUCGCUGUCUGCUGUUCAACACGGAUUUGAACGUUCAAAUCACGAGUAAGAAUUUGUUUUUUUUCCAGAAUCCGACCUCCGAAGACACGCCCCAGCCGAGUGGGAAGCUCCGCUCCGGUUCUGCCUCCUCGCAUUCUUCUCUCCCGCGGGACUCUGCGACUUUGUCAGCCUCCUGUCGUCAUGCCGCUUCGCUGUCGGCUUCGUCCAGGGCUGUGUCCCGGGUGCCGUCGCCUUCACCUCGAGACUCCCAGCUGCAGGGCUCCGCCUCCAGAGCUCUUUCAUGUCAGCCUGGAGAGAUCCAUGACCGCAAACCGGCCACCGAAGGAACGCAUCGAGACACGGCAUUCAGCGAGGACGACAGGGAAGGAGACACCGGGCUGCGCAGAGAAAGGGAGAAACCUCCCGGCUGGUUCCGCACUCUCCGAGGGUCUCUGAUGGUGGGGAAGGGAUUCGAGCAGGGCCAGGAAGGAGACUUACCUGGAGACGAAGACCCAGUGGAUCGCUCUUUGUCCCUGUCGACGCGUAGCAGGAAGCCAGGUCCACCCCCGAGAGGAGUGGCGGAUUUCAGAGACUCUCAUAGGCACCCUUCUUCGUCUUCGCGCGUCGCCAGACACCAAUGGGGAGAAAAGAAAGAACAGCGGGAGAGCCGAGACACACCGGAAAAAACCGAGGGCAUUGAGGCGGCGAUCCUUCGCGCGCGGCCUCCGCCUUUCUCCGUCAACCUCGACCUCUCCACAUCUACGGUGAUGGUGGGUGAACUUGAUGUGGCUACACCGUCUCUUUUUCCCUGUUUCCAGCGAGAAGCCUCGACAGCCUCAGGGUCGCGGAAGAACUUGCCCGAGUGUAAGGCGACUGCGAGGACGCUCGUCGACGCUGCCAACACGGCCUCAGGGGUCAUUCUCCUUGUCUCCUGGCCCGCGUUUAGGGACUGUCGCAUCCUCCGGCUCCCGCGUCUAAACUCGGCGGCAAUGUGUCUCACUCCUUCCUGUUCUGCGUUGCCGGCUGCUUCUUCUGCGUUCGAAGUCGUGCGUUUCCUGAAUCCCAGCUGGUCUCUUGUCGGUCUCUCUCCCGCACUCUACCCCGAACGCAGGCAUGCCAAAGAGCAGAGCGGGUCUCUUCCUUCGUCGCCUCACACGCACAGACAGGCGACGAAGUCCUUCGUGGGGAGCCCCUCGAGCUUGGCGCUGCCUUCGGAGGUUUCGGAUUUCGAGGCGCGAGAGACGGACCGACUCAGGGCGAGACGCAGACGGAAGGACUCGGAUAGAAAGAGCAACGACCAUCCAGCUGGAGGACGCGUGAGAGUCCCAGGAAAGAAAACCACAGGCUGGGCGAGCACGCGUCCCCGCGUCGACGAAGAAGCCGAACGGAGAGGCGACAGAGAACGACGGGGGACGAAGAGUGAAGGGACUGGCCAGGGUCGCAGGACCAGACGCGGUAGCCGAGCCUUCGCGGGAAGCGCUGGCGUUGUUUCGGACGGAGAAGGGAGUUUGCCGGCGUGUGGCGGAGAAGCCCAAGCCAGACAUGCGGCUUGUCGAUUGCGCCUAACGAGUUGUCCGGCGCCUGUCGUUGCCGCUAUCCACCAAACCGACCGGUCGCUUCGUCCGCUCCUCGAAGAACCACUAAGUUUCUCUCUCCGUUUCUCCCUGAAUCCCACCCUGGUUGCUUCUCCUCCCCGGCUUUCUGCGGCGAGGGCGCUAGACCUGCAAGCCGACGGAAGGGAGAGACACAGUUUCGCUUGCAGAGCGCACCUCGUUUCGUCGCCUUGCCGUGUCCUGUUUUGUGGCCUGGAUAUCUCCCUGCUCCAGAGUCUGUCGAGGGACCUAAGUGCCAUCAUCGAGAGAGACAGCGACCAGCAGAACGAACGCGAUAUGAUGGCUGCACUCUUCAAGCGUCUCACACUUUCGUCGUCGAACCGGCCUCCAAAGACAACUGAGGCUGGACAGGAGGCAGACGCCUUCGGCGUCUCAACGGCGCGCAGAGACUCCGGAGAGCAACGUGAAGAGGAGACAAGCACGGAGGCAGAGAGAGAACCGGAGGAAAGAACUGGCGAGUCGGAGGAGGCUACAGACUACGUGGGUUCCUGGGAAGCGUCUAGAGAAGCUGAGGAGCCCAUCUGUGGAGUCGCCAGCCAGGACCGACUCUGCGCUGAAGAUGCGAAGCAAGGACAGGAGAGCGUUGACUGGGACAUCAGCAUCGAAAGCGGAGUUGAGGUCACUCUUGCUCGCUGGCCGUUCCUCACACCCUUGGCAAUUGGUGGAUGUGAUCGCGUGAAUGUCUCCUUCCUCAGGAACACUGCGAGUCCGAAACAAACAACUGUGGCGAACAUAAGCCUUCGCCAGGUCUGUGUGUCGCUCAUCCAAGAUCCUAGUCCCAGCAAGGCCGCAGCUGGUGGCGUCACUCCGCACCUCGUCCAGCCCUUCAUCUCUCCGGUUCUUAUCCAGCUGUCCCUGUUGCACUUUGCGUCGUCUUCUCCCGUUGUUGAAGUGUCUGUUUCGUCGCCUCUACGCUUUGAUGUUUCUCCCUCUCUUCUCCCGCUUCUCCUCCGUCUACCCCAAGAGUUGUUUCCUUCCCUUGCAUCGCCCCCGGGAAUCCUCUCUCCGGAACGCCCCGGCGAAGACUCUCUUUUUCCCUUGUUCGUCUACGCGCCAUAUCGCGCGAAGAAAGAGCACUUCUCUCCUCAUGUGAUUCCUGCGCCGGGGCCUUCUGCGUCCUCGCCUCUCCUCGCGCAGUCGGCUGCUUCGUGUAUAAGCCGAUUCGGCAGCUGGCGGCCAGGAGGGGCCUCCGAGGUGCCUGCCGUUCCCUCUCUCCGCAGAACGUCGACUCUGAGUCAAAGUCAAGAGAAGAGCCGAAGAGAGGGAGAACAAGAGAGAGAAGCGCAGCAGGGAAUCGGGCGCAGGAGGGACCUAUGCCAGCAUUCCUUCUUCUCCUUCUUCCCUUCUUCGUUUUUGGCGUCUUCCUUUUCGCGGUCGCACGCCCCGGUCGGCGACACAAAGCGGUGCGAGAGAACCGAAGGGACAUGGAGGCCGGGCGGGUGCGCAAAGGACUUGUCUGGCGGCUAUACCCAGGCAUCAAGAUACACAGGAUCCCUGCAAGGUAGAGAAGAAGGACGCGCGUUCUCUUCAGCUGCAUCUUGGCGUCCGCGCUCUCUCAGUCCUUCCCAGAACUUGCCUCCCUCUGGGUCCCGCAAAGGCGCGACGCAGGGAUGUUUGGAGCAGGACAGAAGGCGAGAACACAGACGGGAGGACAGACCCGACAACAGAGACCUCGGAGAGGAAAAGACUGUGAAUGUGCUGGAGCAUCUGCGGAAGCGAGAGUUUCCAAUCCCUUCUCCGACAUCAUCAUCACCAGUGCCGACAGCGAUGCAGAGAGAAGAAAUAGCAUGCGCAGUCUUCGACGAAGAAGCCGCAGACCCGAGCGGGAGUGACAGCUGCUGUUUGCCAGUCUUCACGUGCUACGACCUGCGGCAACUCCCGCGGUACAUCCUCCCAGCGUACAGAGAGGAUACCUGUUGGCUGCGAAACACAAGCUGUCACGUUCUGCUGUAUCGUGCUGCCUCGUCGGCCUCGGACGUAUGGCAAGAGGGCGUUCUUCCGCCCCAGUCUGAAGCCUUGCUUCACCACUAUCUGUCGAUCUCCACUCUGAAGCUGUCUCUAGUUGACGACCCGACUUAUAUUCGGGAACUCGACCUGCAGCUUCUCUGCCAACGCGGGCCAGCAGCUGCAACCGCGAAGCUGUGGCGGGCCGGUGGGGAUACGCGCAGGAGACGGGGGGAAGGCCGAAGCAGAAGGCGAGAGGCCGACGGCAACCGAAGGAGAGAGAAGAGGGCACAUGUGCGACAUAAGGAAGGAGGAGCGUUCGGUUUCGACGGGGAAGAUUCAGAAAGAAGAAAAUCCUCGAGACUAUCGUCGUGGGAAAAAGGUGCAGCGAUUGCUCACUGGGCGAGAAGCGACGAAAACGAAGGGAGGUCCAGGCGGGGAAGGGAAGACAAGGAAAAAAGCAGGAGACAUGGACGAAGUGCAGAGGAUUUAACUGCAGUCGAAACGUCUGAGCGCGGAACGCGGGUGCUUGUCUUGGGCUGUCCCCUGCGAAUUCGAAGUCAACUCAAUUUACCCAUUGAGGUCAUCUUCCUAGCUGAAACCGACGCUACUUCGGACUGGUUGUGUAAAUUGAUGCCGCACGAGUGCCAGGCAGUGCCUCUGAACGCGGCAGCUUCGAGCGUGAGCCUCAUUGUUCGCAUGCAGAGCGAAGCGGGGCCAGUGUGGACGGCGUCAUGGAAUUUUCGCCAGGCACUCUUCUCCAAGUCGCAUCCGUUUACGGAGGGCAGACAAGGCAGGUGUGAGAUUCUCACGGCUUGCGUCUCGUCGAAAAGGACCUUUGUGUGUGGGGUGAAAUGCGACAGAGUGGAUCGGGGCACAGCCGUCCUCGUGACUCUGUUCGAACCGGUCACGCUGGUCAACUACCUUCCUGAGCCCAUUUCCUUCUGCGUCGUCCAAGACUAUCCCCGCCGGGUGUCUGAGGAGACCCUGCCAGGGGCGUCAAAAAAAGGCUCGACGUUGUUUGAUUGGAACAAACCUCUGGCGGUGCGACUGCGGUGCCCAGGCGGCCUCUGGAGCACGGCCCUGAGUGUCGCCUUACCCUCCACGACGGCUGCGGCCUUCACAGCCGGCGGAUUGACAGAGGCCGAGGACCACACCGGAAGAAGGGCAAAGCACCGCAGAAGGCGAGAGCGAAACCGAGACGUUCACGGUCUGGGGAAAGACGACAAAGGCAACGCCAACGAGAGUUUCUUGUUUCGAGGGUCUUCGAACUCUUCGUCUCGGUCUUCCUCCCGUCGCUCGCCAUCGACGUCUUCUCCGUUUGUCUCUCCCGACGUUUCACCGCUGCGCCUACGCCGUCUGUCGGCUGCGCGCUCCUUGUCGUUCGUGAGCCCCGCCUUCCUGCCUUCUGCGGCAGCGCCGCCGCAGCCGCGCUCGUCUCUUCUGCCGCCCACUGGCGCCUCCGCGUCGUUUCCGUCCUCUUUCGCGCUGCUUCCUUCUCGCGCAGGUCCGCCUCUGGGGGCCGGCGCCCCCGAGGAGACAGCGGAUAAGAAACGGACGGCGUCUUUCUCUUCGGCCUCGUCCUCAUCUUCCGUUUGGGGUGGCCGGGGCGGCGAGGAGAACACAGGGUCACUCCCCCCAACAGGAGAGUGGGUGUCGGGUCCUCUGGAGACCAGCAGCGAUGGCGACGACGUCACGUUCAGCCACGAAGAAGACAAUGGCGUAGGACUCUUGGCGCCGCCCUCGCGUUCCAUCGAGCGCCGCAAGUGGAAGCAAGAGCAGGUCGUCACGUUGGCCUGGUGCAACAAGGAGAAGCCGUCUCUGGAGAUUCUCGUCACUGUCGAGUAUGAUGGAUAUGCGCUCAGCAUCAGCUGUCGGGCGCGUUUUUGGUUCAUUAACUUCACUUCUCUCGCGCUGGAAUACUGCCCCGUGCUGCGCACACCGUCGGGAGCAGACAUUAUGUACGGCGACUCGGUUGCGCUCGCGCCUUCGCCGUCUUUCGCCUCUGCAAUCUUCACGGAUUCGAGACUGGAGCAAAAGUACAGAAAAGUCGAAAACCUUUUUCUCCCGCAGCCCGCUCCUCUGCGGCUCCACCCGGGCCCGUCGACCUCUCUGCCAUUUUCGGUGGCUCUUCCUCUGUCGAGGGUGAAAGGAGACAGCCGCGAAGAAGACGGUGGACCUCGAGAAGUCCGACGAAGCCGGGGUCGGUCCUUCGAAUCCGACCGAGGGAAAAGGAAGUUUCAAACGCGACACAGCACCUCGCGAGGACCCCAGGACGCUGCUGGCUUGUCCUCGCCUUCUCUCCGCGACUCUUCUUCCCGUCGUUGCUCUUCUGCGUCGCAGGCCUCCCACCCCGCCACAAACAGAGACACGGGUCGAGGGCGAAAACGGCCGGGGACGCGGAGACACGCGCCCCGAGCAAAGUCUCCUGUUCCUCCAGCUGUUGUCGCCUUCCCUCGCUUCCACUCCUUCUCCCACACAGGCUUCCUCCUGAAGACGGGGACCACCGCCGGGUACACGCGGGAGUUUGCGAUCUUGGAUCCGAAGCGCCCCGCGCGCAGGGGCCUCUGGGGGCCGUCCUGGGCCAGCGGCGGGCCUGGACCCGAGGAGACGCGAUCUCAGGCCUCGACUUCGCGCCCGAGAGACAGGAACGGCUCUGCCUCCGACAGCGAGUGGCGGAGGGGCGAUAACGGCAGAAGCGGCAGAGACCGGCGGAGAGACAGCGAGCGUGGACGGCGGCUGUCGUGCUCUUCAUCGCGACGCGCAGGGCCCAAUUGCCGCGAGCAGGAACGAAGCGGCAGCAGAGACGAUGCAGGCGAAGACGCCUCGGGAGGCGAAGAAGAGACAGCGUCGGUAGGAGCCACUGUCGACGUCGGACUGGCUCCAGGCGUCGACUUGGUCUACACCUGCAAGCGCCUUGGCCCCGAGUAUGGCUCGCCUACCGUCCUUACCUUCGCGCCCAAGCAGGUCAUCAUCAACAGAAGCCCGUUUUCAAUUGAGUACAAGCAGCUCCGGGCCUCUCCGGCGAACGUCGAAGUUCUUCAUCCGGGACAGGCGAAGCACCUCGUCUGGCCCAUGGCGCUGCACCCUCGGCUUCUCUGCGUGCGGCGCAGCCUCUCUCUGCCGCAUCCUGCGUUCUUUCUGGCUUCGGAUCUCUCCUCUCCCGUCCUAGGGUCCUUCUUCCGGUCGCCGAUUUUCUGUUCACGUCCGCUUUGCUCAUCGAUCGCCGCUGCGACCGCUAGGGAGGGUAGAGGAUUUGCGUCUGAGACCCGCCACGAAGCCGGAGAGCUGCCAACGACCGCGAGAAGGGCACAGACAACUGGGAAGGACUCGCCGCAGCUCAGCCAGUUUUGUCGAGAUGAAGACGAGGUUCCUUGGCCGUUUGGGAGGCCCUCUUCGAGUUUUUCGGCCAGACUCCCGGAGUCGUCGCCCCCGGAAGGAAGCGCGUUCUCAGCGUUGGAGAGGCGCAUGUUCAUCGAGCGAUGUAUCACGACCCUCUGCACGCUGCAGGGCUACCGGAACCUGUGGUCGGUGCCUCUCGAUGUGUCAAGGCGUCUCGAUGAGCAGCUCACUGUGUACAGCAAGCCGCCCGACAAGACGCUCGAACAGUCGGUUCUAUCCUGGAGAUCGCCGCGGUUCUUCUCGCUCUCGCGUUCAUCGAAUCCUCCCUCUUCGCUCGCCUCUCCGACGACAAACGCGAACCACGGCGAGGGGCAGUCCCAUCUGAGUCAUGCUUUGGCUUCAGUUCUACGCUUUGAGACAAAAGGCGAAGGUGGGGACGGACGCAAGGAGCCGAGCACAUGCAGCAGUUGGGAGAGGGACAGCAAAGAGACGACAGGGGAGACGCCUCUUGGUUUUCUCGACUUGUCUCCUUCUGCCUCUCUGAAGCCACGCCAACAUGUCGACAUCCUGCGCGUUCGCGUGAUCGAGCGAGACGGCGUUCGAUUCGUCAUCGUUUCCUCCCCCUUUUCGUUUCCUUCGCGAAGGCGCCUGGGUCACGACCUUUUUCCCCUCCUCUACCCAGCGUGGAAUGCCCCACUUUCGCUCCAGAGUUUCUCCCGCCUUCUUCGCCAUCUGCUGCUUCCAGAGGUACACGCGGCUUCGCCUUGUCGGCUGCUCGUUCGUCUUCGUUCAAUGCGAAGAGGUCGCCGGAACCACAGGCUGGUGCCGGAAGCGAGGCUCACAGGGGAAGCCUCCAGUUCAAACGAGGCCGCCCUCGCGUCUGCUCGGAGAACCUCUGUUGACGAGAGAGAGGAAAGCGCGGUGGAGCUUAAAGGCGAAGACGAAGCAGAGCAGGAACUGCCCUGGGAAACUGAACCGGAGAACGAACUGCUGCCACCCGAAACAGAGGAAGAGGAGACGUGUACGCCACGGCUGGUGGUGACAAACAAAUUGAUUCUUCCUUUGUUUCUCAAUCAGAAAGGCAGAUGCCAUGGCCGCGUUGAGCUGCCAGCAUGGUCGUCCUCCGCCUUCGCUCUGGACGUUCCGUCUGGAAGCCAAACGCUGCAAGUGGCUGUGAAGAGGACGUACUGCGCAUAUGUCACACGCCCUGCGAGCUGCAUCCGUUUUUCUGCGCACCCGACAAAUUCGGCCUGUCAAGAAAGUCACCCUGUACAGCAGAAGGGCACAGGCGGCGCAACAGAGACAGGCGCCUCGCAGGGUGGGGGGACCCGUGCAGACAGAGGCGGGAGCGUUGGAGACGGAGGGCGCGAGGCCGGUGAAAGCAGCAAACUCGCGAGCCACCGGGCAGAAGAGAAAAGUCCAAGAGCUGACCGAAAGAAGGCAGAAACAGCGGCAAGAGGAGAAAAUACGCACCUCGAAGCGGCGACUCACAACCAUCGAGAGGAACAGAAGAAACGAGGGAGCUUCGUCUCGUCUCUGCAGGCAGAUCUCAAUCUUGCCACAUGCAGACGAGCCUUCUCAGGUCGCGCUGGCGCUUCUUCUCCCGCCACAAGCGACGCAGAGUGUGAGAAAUGGAACGCAGGCAGGACCACCGGAACGGAGAAGCUUCGAAAGAAUCCUUACGCCGAACAAAAAGGGCAAGAAGCCCACAUGGGUGACGGAUGCGACGGCGAGCGACAAGGAGCAAGAAGAGAGAAGGCUGAGACUAAAAAUGCGAGCGACGACAACGCCUUGUCUCCCUCGCUAGUCCCGACACACGAGGCCCACCCUUCCCUUGUAGUAAACGCCGGAAGUGGCGACGAGCAGUACAACGCGAAUGUGCGAGAGUCGUGCCGCGAGCCUCAAGCAAACGCAGAGGAUCAGGAAGACUUAAAUCGAUGGCAAGCGUUGUUUGAGGCAGUUGAAGAGGAAGAGGCCAGCCAGUUGCUGGACGUCGACCUCAACGCCGAGGCGACUCUUCCAUUUACAUUUACCUUCGCCUUCCUCGCUGUGAAUCCGGUGGGAGACGCGGCCUUGGGCAGCGGGAGAAUUGCGCCAGGAGCUGACGAGGACGCAACGCAACUCGAUAGGAAAGUCGAAUUGACAGAACGCUUUUACGAACCUUCAGCGCCAGACACGAGACCUCCUCCGCAGUUAGAGUCCCGUUCUCGGUGUGUGCGAGCUUCAUGUGUAGCUUCCGGAACCUCGUCCGCUUCCUCCGUUUCCUUUGUUGAGUCUUCGUCCCUGAUGCCCAGUGCCGACGAAGGCGGACGGUGCUCUGACGGCAGUCUGUUGAAUCCUUCUUUCUCGCGCGAUCCGUUCAUGCGCGAAACUCAACUCUCGGGGGGGCCGGCCUCUGUCGACUUUUUCUCGCGCCCCCUGCAAAUCGAGCAGUCAAAAGCAGAGAAUAAAACUAUAGCGGAUGAGGAGGAAGAGCAUCUAGAAGAUGCGCAUCCAGAACGCCUGCGAAACAAAGAAUUCCUAGAGAGGAGAAAGAGGGGAGAGGGAUGUUGCGAAGGCGAAGAUGACGAACGAAGACUCGAGAAAGCAGGCUCCUUGUCUGACACCCUGAGAGCUAAAAGUGGACCGCGACAGAGCGAAGACGGGGCUUUUUCACUUCUCCCUCAGGAAGCUCAAUGCCUGCAAGCUGAGGGUGAGCAAGGGGAGGCGAUCGAACGGGGAUGUCCUGAGGUAGAACAGGAAGCGAGAAGCGUUUUGUCUGAAGGUCGGCCCUGCCAAGGAGAAGAAGGGCAAGAGCCAGGAGCUACGUGCAAUUCGCUUUCAACCACGUCUGUGCUUCUCCAUCUGCCUUCUCGCUCUCGCAAGGAGACGUCGGAGCAUCAGUCGGUUCUUCGCCGACCCGAAGAGAGCGCUGAAUGGCCACACAAGAGCGGUCGAAGAGAAGCCGGAAGCGAGAAAGACAAGCUACGGUCGUCUGGGUCUCUUGCGCCUUCAACAGGAGACCGCAACGAGACACCAUCGGCGACCAGAAGUCUUCUGUCCUCUCGCCCCGAGCCGCCUUUAGCUUCUGCUUCUUCGUCUUCUUUUGCUGCGCCUUCUUCUGCCUCGUCUCCUCUUUCUCAGGCUGGUGUGUUCGUGGCGCAUGCUUGGGUCGCUCGUCAUCUGUUGCCGUCAGCGCGGCAUCUGCUUCUGUCGCGUUCUUCUUCCUGGCAACUCUUCUCCUAUGUUGGAAGUGUCAGGAUUCGUCGCCAAGGCGCCACGGUUUCUCUGUCGCUUUCGGGCCGCAUCUUCCCGCGAGCGCCUUUCCACCCGCCCCCCGUCCAACUCUCUCUUUCUUUACUCUCGUCGUGUCUCCCGUGGCGCUCGUCGCCUCCUGUGGGGGGUCAGAGAGAGCCAGGGCCGUCGCCGGGGGAUCGCGAAGGCGAGAGCGACAAGGCGAAGACAGCAAAGACUCGAGGUGGAGAAGCGACGGUUCCGGGAGGGGCGAGACGCGUGGAAGAAGAUGGACAGGAGGCGGAAUCUCUUCCAUCUCGGAAGAAUCGGGAACGCCAGGGAGAAGAGCGAGAAGUGAGAGGACACAAGACGGGGCGCUGGAAGGCGCGCACAAAAAUCGGGAAGUCAAGAGAGAGAAAGGUCGACGGCUUGCCUCUUCCUCCAGAAGCCGCUCUCUUUCCGCUUACCCCGCCCGGUUGUCCGCUCGCGUUAGGCCCGGAGUACCGACGCUUUCUCUGGAUCUCGAUUCUCCAGAGAGAAGAAGAAAGAGACGCUCAAUGCCCUUCCUCUCAGCGCCUUGCUGGACCGCCGUUUGCCCUUACAGAGCGCUGUGUGAGCCGCUGCGACAGGUUUGACGCGUCCUCUCUGCUGCGCAAGCGGCAAAAGGCGGCGCAGAAGGACGCACCGUUUCGCGCGUUUCUGCAGACUGUCGCGGUGUCUAUCCAAUUCAAAGCGGUCUUUGUCAACCUGUCUCUCCGGCCUACUCUCUCCCGGCGCGUGCGGUCGAAUCAGCCAUCAGCGUCUCCCGCGUUCGCGUCUUCUUCACCCUUGGAUGGGGUGCUUUGUGGGCCGCGCGGUCUCAGUCGGUUUCUCUCCGCUUCCACCCAGGUGCCAGGAGGCUGCUGUCCGUGCGCGUCGUUUCCCUCCUUCUCCAGUCCUCGUGAUUCGGACCUCCAGACAGACAGGCCAGGCCAUGCGGGAAGCAGAUGCGAACUCAACGGUUUCUCUCCUUCUCUCGGCGGAGACAGAGAAGGAGACACUCGCAGCCUUGUGUGUCGAUCACAGCACGUGGUCGUCGUGACAGAGCCGCAAGUGUGUCCACCCGUGCAGUUGGUCUUCACAGGUCUUGGGAUUCAUUCCUAUCCGGUUCGCGAGGUCUCCGCCGAGCCAUCUGGAUCCACAGGAAAACCGUGUGUGUCCUCGUCUCUGGCGCUCACGAGGGCAUGGGAGGAAGAGCCGAGACGAAGCAUCCGAAGCGACCCGCGGAAUCGCCUAUCUCGUCGCUUCGCGGCCUGGAGUACGAUUCCUUCUGCCGAACGAAGACGAACGCUUUCUCUGCUUCUGCCAUCUUCGUCUGUCUCGCCUGGAAGGGGGGACACCCGGAAAGGGCCGAUUCGACGCUUUCACUUGACCCUGGCGUCGCUCGAUGUUUUUUGCCACUCGUCGCCGUCUCCAACGUUUCGCGCCUCGCCCACGAGUCUCCACCAUGUGCUCCGGCCGUCCGCGGCUGUCUCUCCGGGCUUCCCUGCCCCCGCAAGCGGAGAGACAAGAGGCGCCAGUCGAGGCAAGGCACCAGAAGGCUCCUUCCCCUUCGUGUGGAGGCGAGGCGAAGAGGCGGCGCCGGACGCGCAGAGCAGAGCGAAGGAGACGACGGAAGAAUCCAGCGGACUUCUGCCAGGGGCAAGAGGGAACGAAGGAAGGAGGGAUGACCACGGGAACUGGAGAGCCCACAACGAGGCGGAGCUGGGGAGAAGGCGGGAGAGCGGAGACGAGAGACAGCGAGAGAAACAGGCGCAUUCAUCGAAAGGGAGUGGCAGCUCCGUUCUGUUCUUCUGGCGCGGCCGAGAGCCGGGACAAAGCGCGGAGCGGUCUUGCCUGAGAGCUGCGGAAAGGCGACAGGAAGCGCGCGAGGAAGCGGGGAAGCCGCUCCAUUCACCCUCGGCUUUUUCCUCGACCACGACGAAGGAAGAGAGAGACAGCCGAGAAGGGGACGCGCCUGCAUUCAACAGAGGCAAGAACCGGCAGUGGGAGAAAGGCUCGAAAGCGGGAGGCACUACCCCUGACCCGCAGCCGGCGGUCCUUCAUGUUCUCGUAGACCUCCAGUUUCCGGCACAAAACGGGGACGAGGGCGACGCGGGAGAAGAAGAGGAGCUUCUGCGAUGUGAAGGCCAAGCGAUGGCAGCACGCUUUUUCUUCUCCCCUUUCUCUUCGGAACGUGGAGCUUUCUCUGAGGGGGGCGGGCUGACAGUCUCCUUGCUGCCGGCGGUGCUCGAUGGUCGACGCAGGACCUCUGCCCGCUCGACUUACCGACCCCACAACUGUCCUCUCGACGCUGUCUCUGUCAUUGUCCCUCAUCAGCCGCCAGUCUUUCUGCCUUCGUCUGAAGCUUACCUCUUGUCUCUGCUUCGCGUCUGUGUUUCUUCGAGAGACAACAGCGGCCGCGAGGGGAAUGACCCCAACAAACGAAGAGGCGCCUCUUCUUCUCGACCCUGCCCGUUGUCCCGAGCUCUGCUUUCUCGUCUUCUUCCUCUUCUGCUGGACGGAAACGUGAGACGCGUCACUAGCUGGCGUGGGUCGCAGGCAACGCCCUGGCCGCCGCCUGCAUCUUCUGGAGCUGGUCCCCACUGGGACUUUUCUGCGGCGGCGAUGCAACGGCCGACAGGAAUCCCCAGAGAAAGCCUUUUCCAUGCGGUAACAGGAACGACGGGCGCCAGGUGGCGAGAGGAGUUGUGGCUAAAUGUGCGGCACUGCGUCUUGUCGCUCUCACCCCUGACCAUGCGUCUUGACUUCAACCUGCUCUUCUCCGUCUUGGAGCCUCUCGCGUCUGCGUUUGUAGGGCAAUACUCGAGGUUCACAGCGAGGGCGAAGCGCGCGGAGACUUUUCCGACGUCUCAUCCCGAGUCCUGGAGUACGCGGUCGUCGCCUCAGGACCCCGCCCGUGCUCACGAAGACUCGGGAAGAGCGGCAGACGGAUGGGGAGUCUGUGAGGAUGGCAGAAGCAGAAACGACCCAGCAAGUGUUUCUGGGUCAGGGAGGAGACACACGCAAACGCUGCAAAACGGUACAGGAGGGCUGCUGACGGCUCUCAGCCUGGCGGAGACCCCGGCCUGGUGCAAGCUGACCCUGCCGACCGAGCGGGACCUCUCGCGCGCUAUCCACUUCUCCAUCGAUCUUCUUUGGGUCAAGGAAAUCUCCUUGAACCUCUCCGUUUUGCGUCUCUUCCGGGUCGUCACUUUCAACGAAGCAGAGUUCCGCUGGACGCCCCUCCAAGUCCGCACCACGUGGAUCGACGUCUCCGGUUUGCUAGCUCUUUUUGCAGAUCACUACCAGAGACAGCUGCAGCAGCAAUGGUACCAGAUGCUUCUUUCCUUUGACCUCGUUGGGCAGCCGCUGUCGCGUAUCCGACAGUUCUGGAACUCGCUCUUCCGAGGUGUCUUAGAUCUCGCGCCGGUGGAUUUGAGCUAUCCUUUUGCGGGCGUCGACGAAGGGGUGUACCCAUACACGUCGUUCAACAUACAGAAGCUUCUCGCCCUGGUCUACUAUACGUUUUCCUUCCAGAUUGCUCGAUUCCGCAAUCAGCCUCCGCCUCUGCCUCCCCCCAUUCUGAAAGUGCUUUCCCCUCCCGUACCUCUUCCCUCGUCCUCGUUCAUGUCGCCCUUGUCCCCGCUGUCACCGACCGCGUCUGUUCUGCCGGAGUCUAACGCCUCGCCCCCGCUCCGUCUCCCUUCUCCCGCGGUGUGUUCUGCCACACGGCAGUCCUCUCCCUUCGCUCUGCUUCCUUCCUUCUCUGCGUCUCCCUUCCUCACCAGCGGCAGCGACGACCGAGAGAGUCUCGCGUUCAUGGAAGCCGGUGAGGAAGACGCACAAGCUGCGAGCGAGAAGGAAGGAGACGGCGUGACGUGGAUGGCGAGCGGUCCAGAAGGCAGUGAAGGUGCCUUGGCUGAGAACCGGGAACGGAAAGAAGGGCGUCGAGGUCUCUGGACGGAGGCGCGUCGGCUGUUUGUUCCAGAAGGACUCCCGCUUUCCUCUUCCGAAGGCGAAGAAGCGACAAUUUCUCACUCCCAGUGUACGGUUCCUGGUGCUCUCUUUCCUCCGCCGUUGUUUUCGUUUGGUGCUCCACGUUCGAACGUCUUCUUCCCGUCCUUCUCACAGCCGCAAAACCGCGCAGUCGGCCAUUCAGAGAGACCCUUUGUUCUCCCCAGCAUGUCACCGGUGUCUGCUUCUUCCUCUUUUCCUUCUGCCGCUCCUUGUUCCCUCCUGUCGCCGUCGUUUUCUUCGCGCUUCUCGUCGCUCUCUCCCUCCGCUCCCUACCCUCACCCCACCCCCGUGCUUCUGCCUUCCCAGCUGCGCCCUGUCGACCGGGACAGCUCCGAGCCCACAUGCUCCGAGGCGGUUGCCUUCGCCGCGAAUCGCUUGCCAUUUUUCGCCUCCUCCGGCCCUCUCUUCUCCUCCUUGUCUUCACAUCUCCCUUCUCAGGGCGGUUCUCGACCCGCACAACUCGGAAGAGAAACGCCGCUGCAUCACCCAGUUGCUUUCGCUCUUUCUCUCCAACGGCGGAACAGGGAAACCCAAGGAAGGAGAGACAAAGAAGACAGGAGAGAUACGGAUUCCCAAAGAAGGAGAGACAGAGACUCGCAAGGAAGGAGAGACCAAGCAACUGGUGAAAGACUGUCCAGUCGGGAGAUGGGGAUCUCUCGCGACUCUCACAGAGUGGCGACGGAAGCAGAGCGCCGAUGUUCGGCCACGGGUCACCCUUCCUUUCCUCGGAACUCUUCACCGCCUCAUCCGCGAACAGCUGUGUCUUCCAGUGGAGUGUCUGAGAGGUCAGAGAGCGACAGCAGGCCGACAGAGAGAUGGAGGCGCCAGGAAAAGGUGCAGGCUCGCGAGAAGCAGUCUCGCGUUAGUCAACGAGAAGAUGGGAUAGAGAUUGGCGACCGCAAGGCUCGCUCUGCCCGGUCUUCCGCCUGGUUGGCGUCUCCCCCGCUGGCAGACAAGACGAACGUGGAUGGGAAUCGCGUCUCGGUGGAGAGACAGGAUAGGCCGCGUGCAGAAAGACCUAAACCGAAGAGGAGACGGAACCUUGGAAGUGGUGCCGGAGAAGAAGGAGGAACCGGCCUUGGAGGAGGGCAAGGGCGGCAAAUUGUGAGUGGAAGAAGCAAGAAAGAGAGCUCGCAGAGGCCCGAGCGGGAAGCCUGCAUGGCUGAACGAGGGAACCCACAUCACGAAUCUAAAAGUUGGGGGAGUACGCAACGCAGAGGCCUGCCGACGAAGGCGCGCAAGACAAGCAGAGUAUCGUCUUCUGACAGGGAUUCGCGUUUUCUCUCGCCAGACGAUACCUGUGUUUCUCUGUCGCCCGACGUCGAGCGCGAUACAGAGCUGUCCGCGGCUUCUCAGCGUGGACGCUCUUCCUCGCUAGGAGAAACUCACGAGUAUCGUUCCGCUUCGUCGAAGGAUGACAUCGAAGAUGGUCGAGAACGGAAGUGCCAAGCAAAGCGUUCAACCCCCUCUUCUUCUGCAUCGCUUUCUCCUGAGAAGCGAAUGACGUCUGUCGGGAUGAACAGAAAGGAGACGGGAGAAAACAGGGACUCCGAGCCCCAGCGUGACGCUCGCGUCUCUUCUUCUUUCCCUGCGUCCUCUUCUUCUCAGGCGUCAGCCGCAUCACUCCGGUCGUCUUCACCCCUCCUGUCUUCUGGAGCCAGUCCGGGAGAGGUGCAAAAGUCUCCGAAAUCCUCAGUCAGAGAAACGGCGGAAGAGCAGAAAAAGUCCGAAAAGCAGGUGGACAAGGAGGCCGGGGGAAGCAUUGUUGGCGCGCAUGUCCCACAGCGGCUUUCUGAACUCCACCGAGAUAUCUCGAAGGAGAACCGGAAACACCACAAACGCCGGAGAGGCGAGCGCGAAGAGACGAGACAUAGCAGCGGAGAGAAGAACUCUCUCAGAGAUUCGCGGCCAACACGGGAGACAGGCGCGAUCUCUGCCGCUUCCGGACGAAAGAUGUCUUCUUGUCAAUCGACGUCUUCGGUCUCAGGUCUUGCUGCGUCGUGUAGUCCUGCAUCUCCAGCAUCUUCUCUUUCUUGUCCUCUUUUCCCCACCCCACCGCCGAGGCGGAUCUCCCCUUCAGCCGCUUCCGGGUGCUUCUCGCCGCUUCACAGGAGUCGAAACUUCGAUGCUCAGCCACGAGCUUCCUCGAGAGGAGAACCUGGGGAGGCGGAGCGUGAAACCGAGCAAGUCGAUAUGAAGGAAAAGAGGCAACAGGGAGACAAGGAGGAGGGACGCAGCAAGGACGCGCGCGGAAGUCGAGAAGGAGGAAAGGAAGGCAGGCCGGAUGCGAGGCCGUGGGAAGAGAGAGAACGAAGAGGUUGCAGAGAGGCCGCAGCGAGAAGCGAAGAUAAGAGGAGUGGAAGACAAGCUGACACUGAGCAAGAAAGUUUGUGGUCUUCAUUCUACCCCGCAGCUGCAAAAGUUCCCGAUGAUCUUCUCGGCUGGGUGCCGACCACGCAACAGCCUCGAAGGUCUUCAGGGGGCCGGCGCGGCUCCAGCGACGUGUGA